UAUACUAAACCCUUAUACAGCCGAAGAAAACAUUAAGCAGGCAGAUUGGCUGAGAGAAGAUGUUUGGGGAGAUGUCGCAUGAGAUGGAGGUCGAAGUGCCCGCCUCCGAAGCCUGGGACCUCUUUGGCACUCUCCGCAUAGGAAAGCUCGUCGUCAACCUCAAGCACCUGUUUCAAAGCGUCGAACUUGUCGAUGGCGAUGGUGGGGUCGGCACCAUUCUCGAGCUCACUUUCGCUCCCGGGAUUCCGGGGCUAACCUCUUACAAGGAGAAGUUCACCAAGAUCGACAAUGAGAACCGAAUCAAGGAGACGGAGGUGGUUGAAGGAGGGCUCCUGGACAUGGGAUUCACCCUGUACCGGAUCCACUUCCAGGUCUUCGAGAAGGGCGAGGCAUCCUGCUCCGUCAAAUCCACCAUUGAGUAUGAGCUCCCCAACGAGCUGGCUGCCAAUGCCUCCCUGGUCAGCAUUGAUCCGCUCGUGAUGAUCUUCGAUCUCGCCAAAGAACAUCUCCUCAGCCUCCAUGGAAACACCAAGCCUCCGGCAGUUAGUUAAAUUUGUUUUGUCCCACAGUGCAUCCAUUAAUCAGUUUCCAUUCUAAAUCAAAGGCGUUCAUCCAUCGUCGACAGUAUUACCAUG